AAAAGACAAUCUUACUUAGCAUAUAUAAUAAUAAUAAUUAUUAUUAAUAAUAUUAUUAUCCCUAGUGAAAUUCCCUGUGUCUCAUCACUCGCUUGUUGCUCCCUCACUCACUCACUAACCCCACUCACCUUACCCCCUUUAUGUAGACAGAUCUUCAUCCUCUCGUUCCCAUACUCCAAACACAAAUUCUCAACUAAAAGAACCUAAACCCUACUACACCUAGUGCAUAACCACAACCAAAUUCCAAAACAAGAAGAAAAAAUAAUUUAAUAUUUCUUUUUUCUUUUUCUUAUUUUUAGAGGGAAAAAAAGGGUGUGGUAUGGAAUUUGACGAGCAAGAAGAGCAAGAGGAGGAACUGGGAAUACCAGAGGCACCGCAGUCGCAAGCCACGCAAGCGAGUUACGACUCACUCGGAAACUCAGCGAAACUCACCGGGGAUGGAACCGCCGCGUCAGGCUUUGGACGAAAAGGAGCAGCAGCGUCGUCGGUGAGGUACCGUGAAUGUCAGAAGAACCACGCCGUCAGCUUCGGCGGCCACGCCGUAGACGGUUGCUGCGAGUUCAUGGCCGCCGGAGAGGACGGCUCGCUGGAGGCCGUCAUCUGCGCUGCCUGUAACUGCCACCGCAACUUUCACCGCAAAGAGAUCGACGGCGACAUAAGAGGUGGAAGCGGCGCCGGGACCUUGCACCACCACCGUCCUCAACCUCCGCCGCAUCUCCACCAAUUCUCCCCUUACUACCACCACCGCGGUCCGCCGUACCCGGCAGGGUACCUUCACCACCUUGCGACACCUCCGAUGGCUCAGCACCGUCCUCUAGCACUUCCUGCAGCGGUUUCCGGCGGUGGACUAAGCAGAGAUGAGGAGGACAUGUCGAACCCUAGCAGCAGCGGUGGCGGCGGCGGCGGCGGUGGCUGUGGCGGAAGCGGUUCUUCAAAGAAAAGGUUCAGGACGAAGUUCACGCAGGAACAGAAGGAUAAGAUGCUUGCUUUCGCUGAACAAGUUGGAUGGCGGAUCCAGAAGCAAGAUGAAGUCAUGGUUGAACAGUUCUGUGCCGAAGCUUGCGUUAAGAGGAGCGUUCUCAAGGUUUGGAUGCACAAUAACAAGAACACUCUUGUGACUGGUGAGAGUGGUGGUGUGGAAAGCGAGAAAGCAAAUGGAAGAACAAAUUAAACUAAGAGUGGGCGAUUCACGCGGCAAACUCGUACAGUGUUUGCUUGUCUGGUCAUCACAGAAAUCAGUCUUUGCAGAAUCAGAUUUUGCAGACCUUUUUUUUUUCUUCUGAUUAUGAUGAACAGAAAAACCUUGCUUGGUGCCAGGUUGCUGCACGACAGCACUAAUAAACUAUUUUUGCUCAUCUGUUUCUUAUUCGUUUAUUUUUCAUUUUGAAUGGAACAUCCAUCCGUUUAAUGAUUAGCUUUAGCUUUAAGGUUGUUUAGGGUUAGUUUUCAAUGUCGUUAUUUUCAUGAUGGUGUUUAGCUAGGGUGCCUAGGCACAAAUAAUGCAUAUGCCACCUAUUGCUGUGUGUUAAUGUAUGUAUAAAUGCACAAGGGUGGUCUUCAUCACAUAGAGCGAAGACCUUAAACAAGAAAUGCUAAUAUAUAAGCAACACUAAUAAUUUUAACUACUACAUAAAAAAUUACACUAGAAUAAGAAAUAUGUGUAUUUUGAGAGACUC